CUCAAAUUCAAAAGCGAGUCAAACGUUGUGUUGAAUGCAGUGUCGCUGUGACUGUCAUUUGAAUCGUCGCUCAAAACACUGUUUCCUCUGAUUGUGCUCUUCAUUGAAUGUCUUCAGACAUCACUUCCAUCGAUAUGAGCGACGAAGAGGUGGUUGAUAUGAUCGACGGCAGCGAUGGUCUCGAAGAGUCGCCUGAAAAGCUGUCGCAACAGUCCAUUGAAACGAUUACUCUCGAUGACGACGACGAUGUGGUACUCGAAGACAUGAGCGACGACUGCGAGAUCAUCGAAGAGUUGUCCUCGAGUUCGUCCAAUGAGGCCAUUGUCUGCAGUGAACUCAAUGGCCAGUCAUGUGUUGAGACCAAAGAUGAAGGCAAUAGUGAAGCGGAGAAUGGCAUCAAAUUUGAGGACAAAGUGUCGGAAAGCGUGUCCAAGAGUCCCACCAAACGACUGACGCCCACAACACUGCCACUGCCCUCCACUUCCAACGGUGCGCCCAAAUCGGGUCCAUCGUCUCCCAAAGUGAUGCGAGUGUCGGCGCCCAUCGAGUGUGUGGUCAACGGUGUCUCGACACUGGAUCCAAAGACUAUUUUUGAUCACUAUAUGCAGACAUUCAGAGAUAGUAUGACUGCCGCCAAUGCCGACCAGAAAGAGAUCGACGAAUACAUGGAUGUCUUGAAUGAGUUGUUCCCAAAAAUAGAGGCCAUUCCUACGAACAGGUCCUUCUUGGAUGGCAACCAAUACCGCAAACUCAUGAAUACGUUCACCAAAGAAGUGUCGGACAUGACUGCUGUCCAGCGCAUUGUCUCGCAUUACGACGAAUUGGUUCAGGAGUUGAAGCGAUUCACACGAAAGCCGCCCAAAGAUAUACCUAAAGUGAAGUCGAAGAAGAAGGCGGUCCAAGACCUGACCGAUAGCUUAAAGCGGUUGCGAAAGCAGAUCUGUUUGGCUGAGACCGAAGAGCUUGGUUACGACGACUUGGACGGCCGCACGGGUUGGACUGAUUUGCCUAAACUGUACCGAAAGGCUGAGGAGGUGUGGGCUAAGAGGGAGGAGUUGCUGAAGAGGUCGACCAAUUCGGGCCGAAGUAUGUUUCGAAAGUUCACUUACGAUUCGACGACAUAUCCAGAGGUUAACCAAUUCGUUGAGAAGCUAUUCAACGCUCACCUCAAGAAACUGAGGAAAGGCAAGACUAAGCGCCGGUAUGUCGACGAGACGUUCACAUUCACAGACGUCCGGAAAGCCAUCUUAGAUGAGAUGCAAAGCAAACAAAUAGUUGUCAUGAAUAGCGACUCAAUGAUUGCGAAUAUAUAUAAGGAUUUGUUGUCGGAGUUAAGGGAACGACGCAAACGAGAGGCCGAAGAAGGGUUUGAGUCGAUGGAGACCUACGAAGACCUGAAGCCCGAGACGUUUGUGGCCGAAGACCCGCAGAUUGAGAUCGAAUGCGCCAAAAAUAAGUCACAUUUUGACCGAAAGCUACAGGAGUUGAUCGAUAAGUACGCGUCCGAUGACAUCAAGAAGAACGGACCGACACUUCUGGUGGAGGGGUCGGCCGAGUGGGACAACGACCUCACCGGUGAUGGAGAUUUCGAGUCGUUGGACGUGAAAGAGGGAGAACUCGACGGCGAGAACGAAGACGAGGAUAAGAGCGACGAAGACGCCGAGCCUUAUGAGGACUCAUCACUGCCUGACUUCAGCGCCACUACACCUCUCAACUCACAACCGGUUCCGUCGGCCGAAGAAAACACUGCCAUUAGUGAGUCGACCGGUGCUGAAGACACGCCGUCAGACGUGCCAAUUGUGUGAUCCGAUUGUGUCUUAUUCUGCAAUUCAUUUCGCAUCUCAUUUUGAGUUCAUAUUUAGAUUUUCUUGUAAAUUAAGUUGUAUUCACAGUUGUAUACACUUUGUAUAAUAAAUUUAUGUGUAUUUAAUUUCAUAAUUAUUGUCCAGUGUUUAUGCAUUUGUACUCGCAUUUGAAUUAUUUAUAACAUUCAUACAGUAAAUAUAAUAUUACUUCUAUUAACACAACAUGUUAAGUCUACAAAUUUGAUACAUGUUGGGCGGCUG